AUGUCCAGCGUCAUUCUCGGGCAGGAUAAUGAUCGCCAGGGGAAACCGACCCAAGCUUCGGGAAUCUUGCUUGACACCAUCUGGGACAUGUUCGGAACGUCAACUACCGCUACCGACUUUGUGGCCAUGUCAUAUACGCUCCCGCUGAAUUCAUCAACUGCGAAGAGAGGUGGUGUAAAUUCAGUAUCGCCCAUCCCCCGGAUUGUCCCGACUGCCGGAAGACCUGCUGGCAAUAUCGUCAACAUCCAGAGACAUAUGAUGUCACUUAUGACAGGUUCUGUCCUGAGUGCGCUCGAGCGAGGUGACACAAAGAUGGAAUAA